UGUUGCGGACCAAAACUCUCAAUUAACUCACUGUGAUUCAUGGAUUCAAUGUAUCAUUAACAUUUUCAACACCUCUAUCAUCAUUAAUAUCGUCAAGAAUUUUUAUAAAUAUUACAGUAUUUCCUUUACUUACCUCAAAUUAACAAUUCUAGAAGAAAUGGGUAACUCAACGAGCACCGAUAAGAAAAAAAUCAAGGAGGAAGAAGAAAAAGAGAUGGCGAGAGUCCAGGCGGAAAUAGAAAGUUUGAGAAAAGAAGAAGCGGAGAAGGAAAAAAAAGCUGAAAACGAAAAGAUUGAAAGAGAAAAGGCGGAAAAAGAAAAAGAAGAGAAAGCAACGGCGGCGAGGCUAACGGCCGAGCGAGAAUUAGAGGCGGCCAUGACGCGGAUGCAACUGCGCAUGUUGCUGCAAUUGCAAAUGCAGCAAAAUUUUCACCAGCCGCAAAUGAAUGGCCGUCAUCGGUGGAGAGUAGCUGCCGGUCGGAGUCGUGCCGCCUGGUACAGGCAGCGUGGAGGUCGCGGCUGGGGCACGGGCCAGGGUUCGAACUGGGGCGCGGGCCAGGACCAUGGCCAAGGCGGAGACGGGGGCACGUACAGGGGUCAGGGCCAAGCCCAAAACGGAGGAGGCCGAGGCAUGGGCCGGGGCCGGGACCGACGCCGGGGCCCGUAUUAUAUUUAUUUUUAA